AUGGAUAACAUCGCGAGCUACAAUGUAGCCCGCAAGUACGAAAAGCGGGCUCUCCUCAUCCUCAUCAACUGCGUAGCUGGGCUCUCCAUCUUCUUCUUCGGCUAUGAUCAAGGUGUCAUGGGCGGUGUCAACGGCAACCGCAAUUAUGCCUCCACCAUGGGCUUUGGCAUGUUUGAUGAACAACAAGGGCUAGUCACAAUUCAGCACCCACUUCUUCAAGGAGGUAUCAUCGCAGUGUACUACCUGCCCGGCACCUUGUUUGGCGCCUUCCUCGGCGGAUGGUUUGGCGAUCGAUACGGUCGUAUCAAGACCAUCGCCGUAGCCGCCCUGUGGGCUGUCGUCGGCGCCACUCUUCAAUGCUCCGCCCAAAACGCCAAAUGGAUGUUCUGCGCCCGUACCCUGAACGGUAUCGGAACAGGCAUCCUGAACGCCAUCACCCCCGUCUGGGCCACCGAAACUGCCAGCCACACAUCCCGCGGCCAAUUCGUCUCUAUCGAGUUCACCCUCAACAUUUUCGGCGUCGUCGUCGCUUACUGGAUCGAAUACGGCACCUCCUUCUACGGGCAGGUCAAUUCCUCCUUCAUCUGGCGCUUUCCGAUCGCUUUCCAAAUCGUGCCCCUCAUCUUCCUCUUUUUCGUUGUAUGGGCUAUGCCCGAAUCCCCUCGCUGGCUUGUUAAAGUCGGGCGCGAGGAAGAAGCCCGAUUCAUACUCGGUCGUCUCCGCGGCGAAGGUGACGGUGCGGCCGAAGCUGAAUUCCAAGACAUCCGCAACAUCGUCGAGCUGGAGCGCAAGACCUCGAGCCAGAGUAGCUACCUGGCCAUGUUCUUCGGCUGGAAGUCCGGCAAGCUCCACACCGGUCGCCGCGUUCAACUCGUCAUCUGGCUCCAAAUCCUCCAAGAAUGGAUCGGCAUCGCCGGUAUCACAAUCUACGGGCCCACCAUCUUCACAAUCGCCGGUGUCUCGCCACAAAACCGUCUCUGGAUAUCCGGUCUCAACGAUAUCACAUACAUGUUCGCCACCCUCAUCUGUGUCUUCACUCUGGAUCGAAUCGGUCGUCGCUGGACUCUCUACUGGGGCUCAGUCGGCCAGGGGAUCUGUAUGUUCUGCGCUGGUGGUCUCGCCCGCGCUACGAUCAACGCCAAAAACAGCGGCGGAAGCACCUCCGGCGUGGGUGGCGGCGCCAUCUUCUUCGUGUUCCUGUUCACUGCGAUUUUCGGAGCGACAUGGUUGACCGUACCGUGGCUAUACCCGGCUGAGAUCUUCCCAUUGGAAGUCCGAGCCCGAGGCAACGCGUGGGGUGUGGUUGGUUGGUCCAUCGGCAAUGGGUGGACGGUGCUCCUCCUCCCCACCAUUUUCGCCAAGCUGGAGGAAAAGACCCUCUACCUCUUCGGCGCCGUCAACGUCGUCACCAUCGUCGUCGUCUGGGCCCUCUAUCCCGAAACCAACCAACGCACCCUCGAGGAAAUGGACCUCGUCUUCGCCUCCGACUCCAUCUGGAACUGGGAAGCCGAGCGCAACUUCAAGAUCCUCAAAGAACAGAACCCUGAACUGGUGCAAGCCACGCAGCGGGGGAAUAGCGUCGUGGAUCCCGAGGCGGGGUUCAAGGGGGGCCGACAGGGCAGUUUGGUGCCUAAGGAGCUGAGUCUGGAUGCCAACGAGUAUGGCAAUGGUAGCGAGGAGGAGAAGGUGGUGGCGGGCGUCAAGCACGACCGACUUUGA